AUGAGAGCUGGAUUUGCUAGAACGGGCCUUCGUUACGUGCACUUAUACCAGUCUAAAAACCUAGACAAAAAUGGGUUAAAAUUGCAUAGUACGCAGGACCUUCUGCAAUUGUUAGGCUUUGUCAAACAAAGUAAAAGCGGUCUGGUGCAUUGGUUACCGCUGGGUCUCCGUACGCUGAACAAGAUCAAGACCAUCAUAAAACGUCGGAUGGAGGAUCAAGGGAGGGCUCAAGAAGUUUCGUUAAGCUUGUUAUCACCAAAAGCGCUUUGGGAAAGCACAGACAGGUGGAUUAACAGUGAAUUGUUCAAACUAAAGGAUUCCAAAGGAUCCGACUUUUGUCUGGCUCCCACUUGCGAAGAAGAGAUCACAACGUUAAUGGGUAGCUAUAUAUCCAGCUACAAAGAUCUGCCGUUGACAGUGUACCAAAUAGGCCGGAAGUACAGAGAUGAGAAGAGACCCAGAGGAGGCCUCUUAAGAGGCCGUGAGUUUUUAAUGAAAGAUGCAUAUUCAUUUGACCAGACUCCGCAGGAUGCUGUCACUACAUUCGAGAACAUGAACAAAACGUACGAUCUGAUCUUCAAAGAUCUCAAAGUUCCCUUCGUGAGUGCUUGGGCUGACUCCGGAGCGAUUGGAGGAGAUUUGAGCAAAGAAUACCAUUUCGUGCAUGAGACUGGCGAGGACAUUGUCCUUGAGUGCAAUGGGUGUAGUAAUGUAUCAAAUGUCGAAAAAUGUCUUUCAUAUCCCCACGAAACGAACACUUACACCGGAGAUGUCAGCGUGCGGUACGCUUUGAAUGUAGCGCGGGACACACUGCUAUGUCUCUAUUAUCCUAAAAACAGAACUCUCAAUUGGAAUCUGGUCUUGGCUGCCAUGGAAAAAGAUGUGGAUUCUUCUUUAGCAGAUGUGAGCAAUGAGACCGUUCUUCAAUUAUUUCACGCUGGUAAAAACGAAGACGACUUGAUGUUUUCAUCAGUUGUUCGUGUCAUGGACUGUAGGCUGAGCUCAAAGGCCAAUUUUCCUGAUUUUCCUUUGACACAGUAUCUGAAGAGUAACUUUUCUCAAUUGGACGACGUAAGUUUGGUGGAUGCCGAAGAGGGUGAGAUCUGUGGCGCUUGCGAAGAAGCCGAACUUAAAGCAUCUAAUAGCAUAGAAGUGGGACACACUUUCUAUCUGGGCCAGAAAUACUCCAAGCCGUUUAACGUCAAGUUCACUACCAGAGACAAUAAGGAGCAGUUAUGUGAAAUGGGCUGCUACGGUAUUGGAGUCAGCCGCUUAGUUGCUGCUAUAGCACAGGUAACCCGCGAUGAAAUGGGUUUGAGAUGGCCCAAAGCUGUAGCACCUUACCAAAUUUCUGUCUGCGGAGCCAAGUCUGACGAGCUUCUCGAAGAGGUUACCAAUGCUCUCAAGGCGUGGAGCCCUGAAAUAUGGGUUAACGAGGACCCUAAGGUGAAUUUAGGGCGCAAAAUAGCCACCAGCCAUAAUCUGGGUAUCCCCAUCUGCGUGAUUGUUGGGAAGAAACAAUGGCCUUACGUUAAUCUUGAAGUCCGGGCACCGUACAUGACAGAAACAUGGCUAACCAAACAGGCUGAAAAUGGUGAGACUUGGGGUUGGACGUGCGACACAGAGCAAAGAGACCUUAUCAAGAAGCACAGGGUUCACAAGAAUCAUCUCAAAGACGUGAUAGACGUGAUAUUGACAGAUAUGUAA